AUGGCCCCCGACGUGCCUCUGAUGGGCUACCACAAAAGAGCCUUCGUCUUGAGGCGGCUGGCACAGACUUUUUUGGGCGGCCCCCGGUUGAUGUUGGGGCAGAGCGCGCCCUCAUAUGUCUUUGUGCAUCAGAUUCUUCUCUUCCUGGUGCCCUGGGCGCUGGGAGGAGUGUGCAGUCUUCUCUAUCAAUUGGGCGUUCUGGAAGACUUUGAGACAGCCCUGCUUUCUGGAGCGCUCAUGCUCGCUGCCGCCACUGUUAUCCAGGGGACAUCUUUGGUGGAGAGACGGAGGAGGGCCUCAGCACAACGAGUGCCGAAGCACAAUCCCCUGAUGGACGAAGAAGUGUGGGAGUUUUCGAGCUGCCUGGGAUCAGAAACAGUGGCGUUCCUUAUUCCAGGGAAGAAGCAUAUCAUCUUCAACGUCAUCGGUCACUCGAUCAUCUCUGCGGUGCUGUGCAGUUCGGCGACUUGUUACCUGCUACCAAGCAGGCUCACUUCCCUGUUCCAUGGGAACAUCGGCGUUUGUGUGGCCAUCUUUGUGUUGGGGUGGCUGACGGUUUGCGUGGUGGAGUACGCCUUAAUUGUCAACACCCCACCAGAGACGGCUGCUUUUCAAGCAACGGACGACAAUGAAAUUAUGCCUCUGUUGAGACCAUCCUAUGUUUUCCUCUUCGUCGCAGUGGAUCUCGCUGACAGGUUCACUGCUGACGUACCUGACUUAAGGCUGGCAAACCAGAUUUUGCAUGUCGCGUUUCUGGUUUUGCCUCUUGUAUGGACGCUGGGGGUUCUGCCCCCUCUGGAUGCACUUUUCCUCUGGGGAAUGGAGCAGCUGUUGGAGAUCGGUCUUGGAGGUUCACCCAUGUCCAGCGACAUAAGGUUGCUGGGAAUGGUUCUCCUCUCCGUGGGAACAGCCUUUACAGCAUAUUUCAUCCCCAGCUCUCUUGGCUUAGUAGUCUUCAUGACGGGAUGCAGAUUUGCCUUGAGCCUCGACCUCACUCAGAUUGGGUUUGCCAUCAAGGACCUCGUGACCAGCUCUUUCACUAUUAAGCAGUUUAAGGAUCUGACGGCUUGGUGUUGCAGACAGUUUCGAUGGAGGGAGAUCCUUUUUCAUUUGAGCGUCUUCCUUUUGGCUCUCGUAGAAGCCAGCCUAUUGCACAGUGCGCAGGGAGAUCAGGCGUUCUCUACAACAAGCCUGCAGGCUGUGAUGAGCUACAUACUGGUGGGGCUGCUCCUCGGCACGUGGGUUCUCCAGGAGAUUCAGGCCAUUUACAUCUUUGGAAUCGUCCGGAAUCCAUUUUAUCCAACUGAUAUCACCAUUGUGAAUCGGUUUGCAGAGAAGAACAAAGGGUUCUCGAGAAUCGGGGCUUUCAGGAAGAUGUUAACAACUAUAGUGUCACCGUUGGCUAUGAUCGCCUUUCUCCUACUGGACGAUUCUCUGAAUCAUCUCCCAUCUGUGUCUGUCUCCAUCGGAUUGACAAGAAGCUUUCGAAUGGUAUGGCAAAAUACAGAGUGUGCCCUCGCAGAUAUGGUGCUGGUGUCGACGAUUCAGCUUCUGGUGUCGGAAACAGACCUCUGGUGGAACCGAAGCCUUGACACAGGAACCAGACUCUUACUGAUCGGCUUCAUCCGGAAUCGUCUCUUCCAAUUUCUCUCCAAACUGCGGUUUGCGGUAACCGUUCUCGUGACGUCGUGGACCGAGAGAAGACAGCGCCGGAAGUCCUCCUUGCCCCUGAUCGCCCUCAACGUUGCUUUCUUCCCAAUUCUCCUCAUCCUCAUAGCGCUCUCUGCCCUGCUGUCUUCCCCCUUGCUGCCCCUUUUCAGCCUCCCCAUCUUUCUUAUUGGUUUUCCCAGACCUGUCCGAAGCUGGCCAGGACCGGUGGGCAAGAACGCCUUUGUGUGUCCUGACACGGCAUAUUACCAGCAGAUGGUUCCCAGCUUAACUGCAGCGUUGCAGACCGCUUUCGCAUCUGGUAGCCUGGACCUGUGCUUACCUGGAUCGCAAUACCUGUGUCGGUUUCAGGACAGACUGGCGUGGAUCCAUGUCCUGGAGAGAGGCUACGCUUACUGCCGCGUGAACAUCAAGGGGUUAGAACUGGAGGAGACAUCCUGUCAAGCCAGUGAAGCUCGUCGGGUCGAUGACAUCUUUGAAGAAGCUUUCGAAUGCCGGCACCCUAGGAGACCCUCCAUCAACCGUCACGUGGGGAACAUCUUGUCAGCCUGCACAGUUCUGCCCAUCAAAGCCUAUUCGGAUGCCCGGAACAGCCUGGCCGGAAUAAUGGACUUGCAGGAGAAACGGGCCCAGCUGAAAGCAGACUUUGUCAGAGUCCUCUUAUGGGUACUGGUCCAGGAGAGCUACAAAAAGAUCAAAAUGCCGAAGACCAGUGGAGAAGCCCCUAGCCGAGAGUCUCUCCCAUUCACACACCCCGAAGUUUCGAUCGCGAUGAGCGUCCGUUCAUCCAGGUCUGGAAGUCUCCAUUUAGAGUCAAUGGAGGAGGAGACCAAUAAAAGCUACCUUCCUGAUUUGGAAUCCGGCAGGAGAACCCAACAAGGCCAGGGAAGUGUGCCCAGACUCUGCUCGUCGCUGCCAGACACGGCCUACAUCGAGGACGAAACAACAGAAGAGCGUGCUUUCAGCAGACUUUAUCAAUCCGUACUCUGUGCAUUACCAACAUUUGGCAUCGGCAAACAGGAACUGUCGUGCCCGCCCUCUGUUACAUUCAGAAGCAAGUAUUCGGAGCUUUUGGCCAUGUCGAGGCGAUGGAGGACGGCACCGGUGAUGAACGCCCAGCUGAAAGAACUGAAGGAAAGAUUUCCACAGGACUGGUUCCACUGCGUCCUGCGACAGCUUUAUUUCUCCCGCCUGAAAGAUUGCCAUUUCACUCUGCUUGGCGAUCUGUUGAAAGACCCUGCUUUGCGGGAAGUUUACAUCCAGGCAAUCUUACCUUGCUGGCUUGCGUUCUUCGGAUCUGACCAGACGCUUCCAUCUCCUGGCCAGAUCACGAAAAUGUUCAACGGUGACGUCCCCUGGUCGAUCCCGAUGUGUUGGCUCUCAGAACGGCAGGAACUGUUUCAGCUGGCACUGAAAGCAUUCAGAUACACCGUGAAGCUGGUGGUGGAUGAAGCCAGCCUGGGCCCCGUUGAAAGCUUUAAGAAGAUGCUGAGCUGGCUCGAAACCUAUGAAAACGACUGGUUUUUCGGGGCGGCAUCAGAACAGGAGUGGCAGCAGGCAGUCUUGAAGGAGAAGCCCUUUUUGUUUUCCUUGGGGUACGAUGCCGAGAAGGGCCUUUGCACCAGCCGCACGCUGACCCUUCAGGAGUUUCUGGUGCCCGUGGGGAAGCUCUCCGGCGAAGCCGUCCGAGGCCAGUGGGCCAACGCCUCCUGGGAAACGCUCUAUGCCACCAACGAGGAUGAGGAGCGCUUCAGCAUGCAAGCACACCCUGUCCUGCUGAGGAACCUGACGGUCCAAGCAGCAGACCCUCCGCCCGGCUCCCCCGUGUAUUCCUCCGAACCGCUUCAUGUGCCUUUCCUCUAG